CGCGUCCCGCUGGACAUUGCCUUGCAGAGCAACCUUCGUAGCCCACCAUGUCAAGGACCUCAUAUGACCGUUAUCUCACAGUAUUCUCUCCAGAAGGACGCUUGUAUCAAGUCGAAUAUGCCUUUAAAGCGAUCUCUGGUUCAGGACAUACCGCAAUUGCAGUGAGGGGGAAAGACACUUCCGUUGUAAUAACACAAAAGAAAGUACCCGACAAGCUUCUUGACGCGUCCACAGUUACUCACCUCUUCAGCAUAACGCCCACUAUAGGAUGCGUUAUGACUGGGCUGAUUGCCGAUGCCCGAUAUCAAGUGCAGCGCGCCCGUUCAGAAGCUGCUGACUUCAGAUACAAGUAUGGAUACGAAAUCACCCCCGACGCACUCGCCCGCAGACUAGCAAAUAUCAAUCAAGUUUAUACACAACGUGCCGCCAUGCGACCUCUUGGUAUCUCGAUGGUUCUUAUUGGAAUCGAUCCUGAAUUUGGUCCUCAGUGUUUUAAGCUCGAUCCUGCGGGCUAUUUUGUAGGCUUCCAUGCAACUGCCGCUGGACAGAAGCAACAAGAAGCUAUGAAUCACCUUGAAAAGAAAUGGAAGAAGCUAGAUGGUGGUAAAGGCGCUGACGAUGCUGCCAAAGCUGGUAAAUCUCUCAGCCGAGCUGAGGUCAUAGAGCUUGCAAUCGAAGCAAUGUCGACAGUGCACGCAACAGAUUACAAGCCAGGAGAAAUAGAAGUUGGUAUUGUUUCGAAUGGUGAUGAAGAGGAUAUCAAAACCAGAGGAUUAUGGCGUGUUAUGGGCGAAGCAGAAGUAGAGGUUCACUUACUGGCAUAUGCGGAGAAAGAUUAGCGAAAUCGACAAUCGUGGAGCAAUGAUAUAAUGCAUGUGCAGAUUGACUGUCCAGGAAAAUGGUGUUGAUGGUAUAAAUAACAUGUAUAAGAAAGGCACUAAAGGCUCUUCCAUCAAGAUUUGUGUAGGCUCAUUGUAGAGAUGCACCCCCACUCUGUGUACCAGAUAUAUUGGAUAAAGUUCUUCUGCAAUAAUUCGCGAACAUA